GGACUGAGGCUUCUAAUGUUGAAAAAAUUGUGACAACAUUUUUAAGGAGCGGUGUAGUUCCUAGUCAGAUUGGGGUCAUUACACCAUAUGAGGGACAACGAGCAUAUAUUGUGAACUAUAUGUCAAGAAAUGGUGCCCUCCGACAGCAACUUUACAAGGAAAUUGAGGUUGCAAGUGUAGAUUCAUUCCAAGGAAGGGAGAAAGAUUACAUUAUUUUGUCUUGUGUGAGGAGUAAUGAACAUCAGGGUAUUGGAUUCCUUAAUGAUCCACGAAGGCUUAAUGUUGCGCUCACCCGUGCCCGUUAUGGUAUUGUCAUUUUGGGGAACCCUAAAGUUCUAAGCAAACAGCCAUUGUGGAAUGGUUUAUUGACACACUACAAGGAGCAUGAGUGCUUGGUUGAAGGGCCUUUGAACAACUUAAAACAGAGCAUGGUUCAGUUUCAAAAGCCUAAAAAGAUUUAUAAUGACCGCAGACUUUUCUUUGGUGGUGGACAUGGAAUUGUGCCUGAUGCUUUUGGGUCUGUUGCCUCGUCAAGUCCAAAUUCUGAUAGGAGGAAUGGUCGCUCUAGGGGUUCUUAUUUGCCAUCUGGCCCCCCCAAUGGUACCCAUAAGCCUGGGCUAUAUCCUGCUGGUUAUCCUAUGCCUAGGGUUCCUCUUCCAGCAUAUCAUGGGGCCCCACUUUCACAACCUUAUGCUAUUCCAACCCGUGGAGCUGUUCAUGGACCCGUUGGAGCUGUUCCUCAUGGGCCACAGCCUGGGAACAGAGGUUUUGGGGCUGGGCGUGGCAGUUCUCCCAUAGGCAGUCAUCUUUCCCACCAGCAAAGCUCCCGACAACCUAUUGGGAGUCUAGGGCCCACUUUCAACUUCCCUCCUUUAGAGAAUCCAAACAGCCAGCCUUCUGUUGGCGGGCCAUUAUCGCAGCCUGGAUUUGUUUCUAAUAUGACAGGCCAAGGAUCAAGCCAAACAUUUCAGGAUGGUUUCUCUAUGGGUGGCAUGUCUCAGGAUUUCUUGGGUGAUGAUUUCAAAAGUCAAGGAUCACAUGUUAUGUAUAACGUUGCUGAGUUCUCCACAGAGGCUUCUCAGAGUGGAUAUGCUGUUGAUUAUGUUACUCAAGGAGCACAUGCUGGGUUUCCAGGAAGCUUUCUAAACCAGAAUUCACAUGCUGGAUAUUCUCGUUUUGGUUCAGGAAAUGAUUUCAUGUCUCAAGACUACAUGGCUCAUGGAUCCCAGGGUCUCUUUACACAAGUUGGAUUCACUGAUCCAUCACAGGAUGAUGCUUCCCAGAACCACUUCGGUGUGGCCAAUGCCAAUGCACUUCAGUCUCAGGGUUUGAUGAAUCCACUAUAUUCCCAGCCCUUUGCCCUCUAUAAUACACAGCCAAUGAACUUGCAAGCUACACAGCAGCUGCAGCAACAGCAGCAGUCACAGCAGGGACAAAUCUCCCAAAAUCAGAAACUUCACUAGAAUGGUUGACAGCUCACGUGCCAUUAUCUACGUUGGGUUGAAGUAUUUGCACUCGGCAGCUUGAUUUGUGCAGUCGUGUGCCUUCAUUGACAUAUCAAAGGUUUGCCAAUAAUUGAGGCCUGCCAGUUGUGUGAUAACUCAACAUAUUAAUGCCUUGUUUGGAACACUUUUUGAAAAGUAUUUUUCAAAAGAUUCUCCCUACUUCCAAUCAUUCCUCUCUCUAUCUCUCUCCACUUAUUACCCCUACUACUUUUUCAAAUUUUUUUUUUCAAAAAGUGUUCCAAAUAACGCAUAAAAGAUGAUUCCAAAAUCAUUUGGAAUCAGAAGGUUUGGGUUGGCAGGAUGGCUAUGGAUCUUGGAGGAAACACAGGCAGCACACAUUCAGGGCUGUGUAAGUAAUGAUAACCCCAUUGUAUCUUUAAGAAGGUUUGAAUUGAUGAGGAGAACAUAAAAUCGUUGUGGGGGAGCAUUGCUUGGAUGGAUUGGUCGGAAGGGUUGGGAUAAGAUAUUGAGAAGCAGAUCAAUAUCGCCGUUAUGCACGCAGAAGAGCUUAGCAAUGGCAACUCUUGUACAGUGCAGGGAAAUUCACCUUAACCUCUCAGAUCUUCAUGACAUGUGAUUAUAUUCUGAUUAACUGUUUUUAAGUGUUACUAAAUAGACGAUGAUGACAUGUUAAAUAGGCAUUCGUAGAUGGGACUAUUGCAACCCUGUUGUGCACCUUUCACUUCGUGGGCUUUCAUAUAAACGCGUGAUAUGAUGUAGGAAGAAAUCACAAUAGCCACUCUUGAAGUUUUCCCUAUUGUGCCUUGGUUUUUCUUUGGGUGUUGGAGCAUUUUAAAGUGGCAAGUAUUAUCCGAGCGAAGUUUUAGUAUUGUAAUUUAUUAUUAAUAUUUAUGAUUCUGUAAUUGUGCGGUACUGAUGUUCUGGAUUUUGAAUGAAGCAUGGUAAUGAGUACGAAGUUGUUUUGGGUUUGUGUAUA